AUGUCCGAAGAUUGUAUAGCGCAAAAUAUUGUCCAAUUGAUUGGACACAAGAAAAUUAGGAAAAGGCUACAAAAACUCUUGACAAAAGACUAUUUAUUAUGGCUCAACUCUACAGUUACACGAACAUUUAGUGAUGAACCCAAUAUCCUUUAUCUUGAAGGGAAAUUCGUUCUAGUGGGAGACUUACAUGGACAAUUUGAUGAUCUUGAUCGUAUAUUGCAAAGGACAUGGUCAAAUCAAAAUCUGAAAUUUGUUUUUCUUGGCGAUUAUGUUGAUAGAGGCAGAUAUUCAUUAGAAGUAAUUUCACUUUUGUUCACACUGAAAGUUAUGCACCCAGAUAGAUUCAUUUUACUCCGUGGUAACCACGAAUGUGAGUAUAUGACAACACAUUAUGGAUUUAAAGAAGAAUGCAUUAGCAAACAAAGCAGUGAUGUUUAUGAAUCAUUUGUUAACACAUUCAAACAUCUUCCUCUUUGCGCAAUUUUAAAUAACAAAGUUUUCUGUGUUCAUGGCGGCAUUAGUAAGUACAUCGAGUAUAUAGAUGAGAUUACAAAAAUUGAUCGAUUCUGCGAUGUUUAUAACGCUGGACCAAUGUAUGAUCUUUUGUGGGCCGAUCCUGAUGAAGAUGUUACAACGUUCGGAGAUUCAGACAGAGGAGAUACAUUUGUAUUCGGUCUUCAGCCAGCGCUUGAGUUUCUCGAUAAAAAUAAUUUAUCAAUUUUAGUCAGAGCUCACGAAUGCGUUGAUAAUGGCUUCGAAUAUCCUUUUGAAUAUAAAAAGCAUGAAGGCCGAAACCGUGUUCUAACUCUCUUCUCUGCUUCCGAUUAUAUUGAUUAUGAAAAUGAUGCCGCUUACGCAGUUUAUGAAAACAAAAUGGAAUUCCAUUCGCUACCAUUCAUCAAACAAGAAAGCUCCGAAAAACUUGAUUUGAAUAAUUCUUCUUUAGAAAAACAUAUAAUGAGAAGCAUUUAA